GCUUCAUGGCUGAGGCGGCCGCAUUUGACACCCCACGUACGUCUGGUGCAAUCAUGAUCUACCAACAGCACACCCCAAUCUAAACACUCUCCGCGCAUCAAAUGAUUCAAUAGCAGCAAGAACCAACAAUGAACGGGGCUAUAGAGGCUCUGUACAUUUAUGAUGAACACAACCGGCCAAUUCUCGCCCAUCCCUAUACCUCGCGACCUCUUACCGCACCCCAACUUCUCCCUUUAUACCUAGGACAACCUACUCCUCGGCCGAACCUAAUAUACCUUCCGAAUACCUCUCCACCAACUCUUGUCUUCAGCCUCAUCCACUGCCACCUCCUCUUCCUCCUGACCUCCUCCACCGAAAUCGAGCCUCUGCUCGCGCUGGAGUUCCUACACCGGGUCAUAGAUGUAUUUGAGGAGUUUAUUGGGGCGCCAUUAUUGGCCCACAAGGUGGAAAGCAGCUAUGAUGUCGUGGCCCAACUUUUAAAUGAGAUGUGUGAUGCUGGUGCAGUGAGCACGACCGAGCCAAAUGCUUUGAGAGACGUAGUAGAAGUUGAAGGGUGGAUUGGGAAAUUAUUAGGAGGAAUCAAUAUUCCUGGAAAACCAGGUUUCUCAGCGCCCUCAAAUAUGUCCGCCAUAUCUUCGACCGGUUCAUUGGCAGCAAAUACUCCUGCUUUGCCAUGGCGAAGAGCAAAUGUGCGGCAUACCUCUAAUGAGCUGUAUGUGGAUUUAGUUGAGACACUUUCAGUCACCUUGGCACCUUCGGGACGGCCUCUAGCAGCUUUUGCGAAUGGUACCAUUGCCUUUACAUCAAAAAUAUCAGGUGUUCCGGAUUUGCUGUUGAACCUUUCAACGCCAUCCGGAAGGCAAAACAUCAACAGCGUUAUGGAGUUACCGGUCUUCCACCCCUGUGUAAGAUUAGCAAGAUGGCGGGAAAAGCCAGGAGAAUUGAGUUUUGUUCCGCCGGAUGGAAGGUUUGUCCUCGCUGGUUAUGAGGUUGAUUUACUGCCACUUCAGAAUGGUAAAGUUGGCAUUACUAAUUCUUCGAACUUGAAAUUGCCUGUCAAUGUGGAAGUAAAGACAAGUCUUGGCCCCACAGGUUCGGACUUUGAGGUCAGGCUGUUCAUUACCAAAGUCUCCGGCCAAGGAAACUCCUCAAUUUCAGGAUCUUCCUCCCGAAGCAGCAGUCUUCCCGGAGGUCGGAGUGGAUCAGGCUUUGGAGGCCUUGGUGGGAGUCAUGUAGGAACCUCUUCGACACCAGCUUUGGAAGAUCUAGUCGUCACGGUUCCUCUGCCAUCCGAUGUAAGGAAUCUAUCCGAAAUCCGAGCAAGUCGAGGCGAUACUACCUAUAACCCCGGCGAGAGGAAACUAGAAUGGAACAUUCCAGCGAAGGAAGCUGUUGCAGGUGGAGCUACGCUGCGAUGUACUCUGGUUGGACCUCUUUCAGAUGACGAAGACUUUGAUGCGAAUGGAUUCAGACUCGAUGGGGGUUAUAAUUACGAGGAGGAACCGUAUCAGAGUCACCCUGUCGCAGCUCCUAAAACGGAGAUGACGGUCGUACAAAAAGAUUCUAAGAAGAUUGCACAAAACAAGAUUCUUAUGCCGAGCUCGGCAAUGGUCAGCUUCUCUGUCAAGGGUUGGUUGGCAUCUGGAAUCAAGGUCGAAAGCCUGGUGAUUGAUACGAGGAAAAGUCGAGGCCUGGGAGAAGGCGUCAAGCCCUAUAAAGGGGUGAAAUACUUGACUGUUAGCAGAGGUGGUGUUGAGAUUCGAUGUUGAAGAUUUCCAUGGACUCGGCGUCAGGAGGGCGUGGCACAACGGCGCACAGCGUGACGAAAUCCCAUUUGGAAGAUACAAGGAAAGUCUUCGUCAUGAAUUCUAUUGAGAUCGGUGUUACAUAUAAUUCUCGCCAAUCUCCGUUCCUCUCCAAACAAACUCUAAUUCCUCGAGGAUCGGUGCAAGGAUUAUACAUUAGAGAAACCCACCUCCGUCUCAGCUGCCCAAGCCAAGAUAGAUAGAUACGAGCAAGUGCCACGUCGUGACUAGCCAACAAGGUCGUCCAGACCUCAUUAUUUAUUAGGCUUGUUCCUUUUCUUGGCUUUGUUUUCGACCUCUUCGUCCUCGAUCGAAGGGGUGAGAUCGGACUGGAGUAUAGUGGGG